AUGCUAGAAAAAUACGAUAUCGUAAUCGUUGGCGCCGGUCCCGUCGGUCUUAUGCUCUCAGCCUGCCUAUCCCGACUAGGCAGUUACAAGAUCAAACAUAUCGACAACCGUGCCGAGCCCACAGCAAUCGGCCGCGCAGACGGCAUUCAGGCGCGUACAUUGGAUGUGCUACAAAGCAUGGGAUUGAAGCGACCCAUCUGGGCCUUCAAUCCGGGCCUUAUCUACGAGGUGGCCUUCUGGGGUGCAACACCGGAUGGCAAUGGCAUCCAGUGCACAGGUACCUCGAAGAGUUAUCCUGAUCACAUCGACACAAGGUAUCCGUUUACUACUAUCCUACAUCAGGGUCGCAUCGAGGGUAUCUUUCUUGAGGAUCUCCGUUCGCGCGGGGUUGAGGUACAGCGGCCGUGGACGAUUAAGGCUUAUAGGUAUCAUGGACAGGACCCUGAGUACCCUGUUGACAUCGAUCUCGAGAGAUUAGAUAGCUUUGAGACGGAGACGGUUAGAACUAAAUACCUGUUUGGCGCCGACGGGGCUCGGAGUGCAGUGCGGGAGCUUUUGAAGAUUCCCAUGAUCUAUAAGGAUCCGACGGUGCACUUCUCGAUUGUGUUCAAUUUGCAGCGGGCUGGGGUUGAACUUGCCAGUCUGCCAGAAACCUUUGUGCCUUAUCGGUACCAUGUGUACUCUGAUGAAUCUCGCGGCAGGAAGUCCCAUACUGGGGGCCAGGGGAUGGCGCACGCGAAGAUGGGGUUCGAUUCGCGAGAAGGGGGCGUGGUUGUCGUUCGUCCGGAUGGAUAUGUGAGAUGUAUUGUAAAGUUGAUUGAGGGCAGAAAGGUCGCAAAGGCGCUCGAUCGAUAUUUCUCUGGAUUUGUGCCUAGCAUUCUUAUCAAUGAGCCGAUUCAGAGUAUGUUGUAA